AUGGCUGCAGCGGGCGCGAGGGCGCAGAAGCCGGUUGGCUCUGCAGCCUGGAUUUCCACUGAAAAAGAGAACUGCACGCAGCUAGUGGAUCAGGAGAUGGAAGAAAUCGAGUUUCCUGUGCGCUAUGAGAUGGAAUGGUUGGACGAACAUAUGGGCGAGAUCUUCUCAAACAACCAAUUUAACUUCACAGAUGCCUUCAAAACGCCCGGAAAACUACGAGGCAAGACUCCUCGCACACUGCGAAAGCGUGACCCGACAGAAAAUCGCGUGCCUCUGAGCGAGAUAUUCUCAUCCGUGAAGAAGAACCGAGCCGACACCAAAUUUUCCCCUAGUCCCGCCGUACAACGUUCACCCACAAAGGCUAUAACUGCCCCCUCAGCGCCUACUUCUUCGACUCAAGGGAAAAGCAAAGCGACAGAACCCACCCAACCUCAAUACCCCGAAUUGCCGCAGAACAUCAAUUCAUUCUCACAAUACAACACGGACUCUGGCUACCAUGGAAUGCAAGAUGAUAACGAUGAUGAUGAUGACGACGACGAGGUUGUUCUUACACAAGUCGCGCCCGAGUCGCAAUUAUCCACACAACCGUUCGACGCUGAGCCCACCACAUCCAAUGGAGAGGCGCGUCGUUCAUCUACUGGCCGCCGCACAACCGAUGCUUCAUUCCACUCAGCGCGCGAGGACGUGCGCCAUCGUGGUGACACUGUUGAACCAAUGAACAUAGAUCUGCCAAAAGAAACUCGCGAAGAAGAUACAAAUGUCGCGGAACCAGCUAAGAACGAUGAACCGAAAGAAGACGCGAUCAUGGAAGAUAGGCCUGCCAAUGAGCCCGAGGCAGCAAGCGCGCCGGAUGGAAAAGAGGCCGUCGCACCGAUCAAUGAUGCGGAACCAUCACCAGUUAAAACCACCAGUGCCCAGGACGUCUCACUCCAAGAGGACAAGGAGCCUGAGAAGAACGAGCUGGAGAAGGAUGAAAUGGCGCUCGACAAUUUGGACGAUAUUGGCUCGCCGUCAGAUGCUGAUUCCCCAGAGCGACCGCCGAUCCGCAAGAGCAGUCUUAGCUUUGCGUCUCUUCCUGCUCGGGAGCCGCUUGGUUCCAAAACUCUCGGUGGCUCAAGACUUUCCAGGACAAGUAACCUUGACUCUAUCAAGCCGAAUACUGCCACCGGCACGAAUUAUUUUGGCCGACAGACUGGGCAUCGGAUGACUCAGGCUGUGGAUGAGAACCCGCAAGCUGAGAAGAUGGAUGUUGACGAGAGUAAACCUACCACCAAUGAAGAACCGGACGUGGAUUCAAAAGCGACCAAGCUUCACAACAAAUCAUCAACCCAGCGGCUGCACGAGAAGAUUAGCAUGCUCGGAAAAAUGCAACCUUCGCGACCGACAAAGUCAAUCCCUGCAGUUGCAAAUUUGUCGUCAGCGCCUGUAUCAUAUCCUGAGCUCCCUGCAACACAGCCAGAGGCCAAACCGGAAGCAUCCAGCUCCAAACAGAGAGAGAACACCCCCCCUCGAUCCACGCCCAACGCGGAGGAAGACUGGAUAAAACCAAUGAGCUCACCAUUCCAACCGUAUCCUUCGACAGUUAAAGCGAUGACGAGCAAGCCAUCCGGGCCUCCAACAAGCGAUGCUCCUGAACAACCAUCUUCUCCCCUGAAGAGCGCAGCGACCCAAGGAACAACGAGAACCCACGUUAGACAAACCUCGGAAAUACCGCGUGGUAAAUCUGCUACUCCGGCUUUCUCCUCACCGCAGCGGUACGGCCACCAGAAGAGCGCGUCCGUCAACAUUGACAACAAGAUGACAACGACACCGAUCGGCUCCCCCCAUCGUCAAGAUGGCCCAUUGAGUGCGUCCAAGUCCAGGCUUCAGUCGAUUGUGAGAUCUGCCAAAGGCCUCUUCACGAGCUCCGGAGGUGUGUCAGCGGCUGCCCGACAAGAGGCCUCUUCGCCGGACGAACCUAGGACCCAACUCCAACGGGCACAUACGGAUAUCGAACGAACCAGCCAGCGACCUUUAUCGGCUCAUAGCCCCCUUCGACAGGAGGGUCGCCGAACGCGGAGCUCCACUGAGCGGGAAGAAAAGCGCAAGCAGCAGGAGAUUGAUGAGCGGAAGCGAGAGGAGGAGCUUACAGAAAAGACGCGACAGGAGGAGAAGCUGCGGACAACGCAACAGAAGGCAACACGAGAGCGGGCGCGUACAGAAUCUGAAGCGCGCGGCCCGGCUACUUAUCCUACGCUCCCCUCGAGUCCCAGCCGAGCAACCCAGAUGAAAUCUUCCAAAGAUCCUGAGCCACCUGUCGAAUCUGCUCCGAAAGCUGCAGCUCAACCCUCAGCACCGCAACCAACAAGACCAAACGACCGCCGCCCGACAAAACCGACCCGCGAACUCCAGCAAAAGCCGAAACCACAGCCCGUAUCGAUUCGCGUCGGCAGUGCCCUUUCCCGCCAAAUGCCUUUGGCUUCCUCCGUGGCCUCCACUAGCGAGUCAAGUAUACCAGCACCCGUCCCAACCCCAUCUACAACGAAAGCGGCGUCCUUGAAGAAGAAGGCCAGCAACCAAUCACUCCACACAGCCUCCUCGAACAGCAGCUUCAAGAGCUCUGUCUCGAGCCAGACACAGACGAAGCGGAAAGCCCAGCUUGCGAGUGAAAGGAAGCGGGAACAGGAAGAACGCGAGGCGCGGCGCAAGGAGGAGCAGCGGCGAGAAAUGGAGCGCAAGCGAGCCGCUCAGCAAAGCCGGGCUGAAGCCGAGCGCCGCGAGCGACAAGCUGAAGAUGCCAAGAAGACGGCUCAGAUGCAGGCGAUCGAGAAGCGGCGAUUGGAAAACGCGCGACGACUUGAGAGGCAGGGCAGCCAGCAGCCGGACACGGGACCGAGCCACUCGGAUAAGACCGCUUCUCAGGCGUCGCACCGCGAGACUGCCGGGCCCGGUCGUCCAACCUCGCGAUUGGGAUCGGUUCUUGGCCGAACAAUCAAUCCACCUGCACCCAACCCGGCCAAGCCGCCCAAGAGAGGACUGGAGGAGGAGCAGGCGACCCACCGCGCUGCAACUGCUAAACCUGGUGCAAUGCAGCCAUCUGGCGAAACUAAGCGGAGGAGGACAGACGAUGAAGAAAACCAUGCGGCGAUGCGGCCAACAAUGGCGCCGCCGAUCCGCCAGUCGAACAUUCGCAAGGAACCGGCUAAGAAGCCAUCCAUGUAUGGAAAUGGUCAGAAUGCACAGCCAGGAUCUUCGAUUUUCAAGACUGGCCAACCCCAGAGACCAGGUCACCCGAUGGACAUGGCCAAGUAUGCUAGUGGCAAGAUUCCCUUUGCAGAGUCUUCCAACGCUGCCGGCCCAUCGCAGGCCCAUCGCACACCAGGCGCUACCUCCAGCAAAGCGCCGAAGCCGUCGCCUAAUUACCCCAAUGGCGAGAACAUCAACCUUCCUGAAAUCGCGACUGAUAGUGAAGACGAGGACUCGGAGGCUGAAAUGCUCCCAGUCCCCAACUGGGCGCAGCCAAAGGAGCUCGAGACGUUGCUCCGAGACCAAGAAGGCAUGGAGGUGGACUCCAUAUUCGGACCGAUAGCACCGUUCUCGCUGGAAGAGACGUUCAAGGCGGACAAGAGGAUCAAGAAGUUCCGUGACCGGACGAGUAGCGCGAACUGGGCUGGGCCUGAUGGGCUCACGCAGGACGAGAUCCGGAAAGAUGUUGCGGAGCGACAGCGUCUCCGCACGAACGGAGGAUGGACUUUUGGCAUGUAG